AUGGCGCCCGCGAUGGCCAUGGAUGUUGGCUCGAUCACCAAGGUGGCCGCCUGGGCAGGGCGCCGCAUCGGUGGCGCGGCAGAAAGCAUCCUAGGCAUGGUGGUCCCGCUGAUGGCCCUGAUCGGGUGCAUUUUGGCGGGUUACUUGGUCCUUGGGCGCUGGCUCUCGUCGAGUAUGCCUUGGAUGGUGAAGGCUGUGAAGGCCUUCAGGUCUCCGCGGCCCCGCGACCUGAAUGCUCCCGCCAUUUCUGUGGAUGACCUCUACGACAAGACGUGUGAGGUGGACUUCCAAGUGAAAGAACUUGGCACGAAGAUGCGCGAGGUCGUCCUUGCCGAUGCUCUGGAUGGUGCGGUGAGCACCAUCAUGCGCAGGCUGGAAGCCACUCUGGCCCAGGAGAAUGCCAAGAGCAUGAAGGACACUGGCAAGAAGGAGAGCGAGGAGGUCCUGGCGUCGAUCCAGGACAAGUUUGACAAGGUCCUCAAGGAGGUCCAGUUGAGCUUGGUGGAGACGCAGAAGAUCACCACCCAGAGCACGCAGCCCAUCAAGCGGUCCCAGGAGUCUUUCGCCACGGCCCUCAAUGAGAAAGCAACGGAGAUCCUCAAGGAGCUCAGCAAUGUGUUCCACCGGGUCAAGAAGGAAAGCGGGGACCUGAUGGCUAUGGUGCGCUGGACGGGGUCGAAAGUUGAGCAGGUGGAGACCCUGUGUGCCCACCAGCCCGAGAGACUCCAGAUCUUGCGGGACACCCUACUGGAGGUUCAGACGACGGUGGUACGCAUCCAGACGGAGAUGGAGGCGGCUCAGGAGGGAGACGGGGCGGCAUCGCCGCCUCAGAGGCAGGAGUGGGCGCAACCUCAACCACAGCCCGCCUCUUCGACAGCCCCUCCGACGACCCCGGCUACGCCGCACACCAUCAACCUUGAUGAGACGGUGCCUGUACAGUUGAUGCGGCCAAGCUCGUCGCCGCUUACGUCUCUAGCCCUGGCUGAUGGCAGGGUGAUUUAUGUGCCUCGCCAAGUGGUCUCGAGCCUUUUCGGGGCACAGUUCUAG